AUGGCCAUCGAGGAACUAGCCAUACCUUCCACAUCGACACGGAAAGACACCCAGGUCUUGCCCUCGAAAGGCACUUCGUUCCUGAUUCCCGACAACGAGAAGUCAUUCCACAAACAAUAUGCAAACAUCUACUAUCUUCGACUGCACUCUCUACGAGACGCUGUUAUUGAGAACGCUCAACGGAAGUGGAAAGAUCUUGAUGGCAGCCCCGUGCACAUCCCUCGCGUUCUUGAAGUCUCUAAAGCGAAACUCUGCUAUGUUGUCGGAACUGUUUACAUGGAAAUGCCUCUCAAGCCGAGCGUGAUGGAGGAUAUUGCCCGUGAUCACUCUAUUGCACCUCCGCCACCGCCACCGAAGAUAUGCUCCAAAGAAGACCAUGUUAUGCUCGAGGACGAAUCAGGACGCAUCCGCCUGGUUGGCGCUCGCGUAACGGCUGCACCCCUUGUAACAGGUGUCAUUAUUGGCGCGCUUGGCGUCGAGACGCCCAAUGGCGACUUUGAAGUCGUCGAUAUAUGCUACGCGGAGAUGCCACCUCCAACAUACCCGAAGGAGGACGACAGUGCGGCGAUGGAAGUCGAAGAGGAAGACUCUUAUGUUGCCUUCGUUUCAGGACUGAAUGUUGGCGCCCCUUCCGCGGCGGACGCCCAGCUGCAAAUGCUGGUCGAGUAUCUGACUGGCGAAGGUGGUGGUUUGGACGAUACCAUAUCCGCGUCUCAGAUUUCCCGUCUCGUGAUCGCUGGCGACUCCUUGUCGACCGUCCUCGUCACGGAAGAGGUCACCGACGAGAGGAAAGCACGACGCUUCGGGUACGAUGCGACGACUUUCUCGCCACAUCCAACCCUCAGUCUCUCGGCUACGCUUCUCGAUAUCGGGCGGUCAAUGCCUAUUCACCUACUACCCGGCGCAAACGAUCCUUCCGGCGCAAUCAUGCCUCAACAACCUUUGCCACGACGAAUGUUCGGCAUGGUAUCCAAACUCUCUACUUUCAAGUGCGAGACAAACCCAACCUUCAUCGACCUUGCCGCCGGUCCUCGAAAGCGGCAGCUUCUCGUGCAUUCCGGACAGCCGCUGGACGACAUGUUCAAAUACCUCCCGUCACCGCCGGCGCGGCGGCUAGGCAUCGCUGAAGCGACUCUACGCUGGCGACACAUGGCCCCGACUGCCCCAGAUACCUUAUGGUGCCAUCCAUUCUUCCACGCAGAGCCGUUUGUGUUGCAAAAUACGCCUGACCUGUAUAUCAUCGGCAACCAGAAGAAAUUCGCGACUCGGCUAGCAGGGCCCUCCGAUGGACAAUGCCGCAUCGUAUUAGUACCGCAGUUCUCUAGCACGGGGAUGGUGGUACUGGUCAAUAUGCGGACAUUGAAGGUGAAGACGGUCACUCUUAAGACGCAUCAAAUGACGGGGGGCGUCGAAGAGGAACCGGAAAUGAAAACGAAUGGGAGCGAGCCUACACUGAGCGUAGAAGAGCCGGACAUGACCAUGUCGGAACCCGACCUUAGCCAGAUGGAGGAGUAG